AUGUGGGAAUCAUACGGCGUCCAGAGCAAGGAUUCUUCCCGAGACGCUCUAGAGAUAAAGUCCCACUUCUGUCAACCGGGGGUUUUCACGUCAUGUCACAUCAGUCCUACAGUAGGCUCUCCUCGUCCGUGCAAGCCCGUUCAGCAGGGUAGCCCGUUCCGAUACCCUCUCUACGACGCCGGCGCACCACUGGCGAGCCCUGAGGCCAACAUCAGCGCUCUGCCCAGUUCCGGUGGCGGACCGAGGGGGCAGCAGCACACUGUGGCGCUCGAUUCCCUGGUGGGGCCAGCCGAAACUUUGAGGGGCCCCGAAGCACGCGCGUUGAUGAUCGCCAGGCCACCACCCGACUACACUUCCGCGGGGAUGGUCAAGGAAUGUGCCGCCGGGCACGACUUCAAGCACUUCGCGGCGACCCCGCUACACGGAUCUCCGUACGACCUCAACGACCUGGCUCACAGGUUGAAGCACCACUCAAGCUCGCGAAGCGACUACGACUUGAUGAAUCUGCAAGGUCCGGAGAGGAUCGAACUCUGCUACAGGUUCUCAGGCUGUGGUAGCCACGUCCGCUGUAGCAUCAAUGAGAAGUCGAGAGACGGCCACCAGUCACCGGUGAAGUUCGAGCCGCCUCCUUCGCCUCCCGUGUCCCCGGCGUGCCCCAGCGCCCUGGCCGAACCUCUGACGCAGCCCCAGGCGCUGACGGCUGCCGUCGGACCAGUCAGCUUCGCCGAGGAGCACCACCACCAGGCGAUGAGUUGCUCGUCCGCUGGUCGGGGCUCGCUCCAGCUGUGGCAAUUUCUCGCGGCGCUACUAAGGAACCCGGGAAAUGCGCCGUGCAUCGCUUGGACUGGUCGGGGACUCGAGUUCAAGCUCACCGAUCCCGAGGAGGUCGCUCGCCGGUGGGGUGUCCAGAAGAACCGACCUGCCAUGAACUACGAUAAACUGAGUCGCUCGCUGAGGUACUACUACGAGAAGGGCAUCAUGCAAAAGGUGGCCGGUGAACGGUACGUGUACAAAUUUGUCUGCGACCCCGAGCUGGUGGGCAACUCGCCGCCAGAUCCCGUCGUCAAGGCGAGGUUCCACGACGGACCAGCUGACAAGGAGUCUACGGCGCCUCACCAUGCACAGCCGGUCCCGCAGAGCUGGCACGCAAGACCCGGCAUCACUGUGUCGCACGAGUGCGGACAGUUUCCCGUGUAUAGCGCCGACUACGCCGCCACGUCCAUAGCUCUCGAAGGCUGUUGA